AUACACGACCUGUACACAAUGUGAAAGACAUGGAAGACUCACAAUGUAGCGACUCUUCACCCACGUCGCCCUUGCGCUCUCACAGACAAAUCCCCCUUCUCCGAGCAGCGAUGGCUCCUCUCUACCGCAACCCAACCCUUGAACACAACCAACCGCACUGAACCAGAGCGCACUAACAGUUCCCGACUCCAACCUACCAGACAAAGACCGAUACAUGUUUUCAAACAUGAAUAGCAACCGAACUCCCCCCAUUCGCAUCUGGUCUGAGGCCGAGAUGCAAGCUGCAAAGUGCUUGGUUCAGUUGGCUGACCGUCGACAGCGUGUAGGAAACGAUCCUUUCAGCGACGUUCUGUCCACACCUGAGCGUUCGUCUAGCAAUGUGUCUGAAGCGGAGAUUCCUAGCCAUGUCUUCCGUCAUCUCAACGGAGACGACGCAACCUCUGCAAUUAUUAAGCUCCUGGAAGACCACGCUUUCGACGCAGAGGCCAACGCGUCCGUGGCUCUAUAUCUUGCCAGCACCACUGCACCUGACAUCCGCGCGGUGUUCGAGGGUCUCGCGCAGAAUCCUCAAGUAACCAUGAUUUUUCGGCUUCUGCGUGAGUAUGGUGUGGACGCCGUAACGAAUGCCUUCAACAUGGUUAAAGGGGUAGAGACGGCUGUUGUCGAACGUCGGGUAACCAUCCUCAAUGUUGCAAACCUUCUGAAGGAUGUGGAUGAGGAAACUACUCGAACAUCCAGUAGGGCAUCUCUCAUCCACUUGAACUAUGGGGACAGGGUGUAAACCCGAGUCAGCAACGCCGCGACUGUCCCAAAGGGGAGAGUAUGCCGAAGCUAGUGUGUCUUGAAGACAAGUGUGUGCUGGAAAAAGUGGACAAUCUCGUUCGCGAACCCAUCUGCAUCCUUAUGCUGGGGCGCAAGAUGAAUGAUUAGUACUUUGCAUAGAUCGUUGUAUCCAGCCUGGUGUAUACAAUCGCAAUAUAAUUAUAUCAAGAUCGUCUUCGUGUGCUGCAACUGUG